AUGCCGACCCCUGCGCCGGCAUCACCCCUGGGCACCAUCAAUGACGAGCCGAUGAGACCGAUUCUUGAACGCCGCGAGGCUCUCAAUAUCGGCUCACCAGAUGGAGUGCCGCCUCUAGAUACGGCUCUUCUUCAGCCAGCCCCGGGCAAAGGAUGCACAACUACUCUCGAGGAGCUGGACCGUUACCCGUGUUCCUGGGACGGAACCACAAGGGUCUACUCUUCCACAACCGUAAUGUUCCAGCAAGUCAACUGCAACGGAUGCGACAGCGUCUAUGUUCACAAGGAGAUAUACCAUUGCCCCAACCAGGUGAUCAAUGCGACGCAGAGGAUGGCGGUCCCCAGCACUUCGUGGAGCACGAUUUGUCGGCCAUCCUCUGGUCUUGCGCUGCGGGCCGGAAGCGACGCGCCUGCAACGGCGACCCAUCUUUGA